UUAGGGACGAAAUAUGAUAAUUUUGCAAACCUAAAGAACCAUGAUAAAAAGCUUAAUUGAAAUAACAAAUCCAAAUUACAAUACAACGAAGAUCGAUUCCGAGGCGGUAGAAAGGAAAAUAAAAAAGGCGUGGUGCGAGAGAGAAAGAGUACUCCCGUCGCGUCGCAUCGCAUCGCAUCCAGCAAUAGGGUUUGAUAGAUGGCGGGUGCUAGGGCUGCUAGGGCAAGUAGAUCAGUAAUGGCGGCGGCUGCGGCUGCGGCUAUGCCGGAGUCGAAAGUAAUUGCGGCGAAAGUGAAGACAAAGAAUUGUUGUUCAGAGUUGUGCAAGUUCCUUGGCAUCCCUGAACGCACUCGCUCUCCCACCGCACUCUUAAUUUCCAGGUUCAUUAGUCUCUACAAUCAUCAGAGUCCCGGUAUCAAGGACCGUACUUGGGAGGAGAACUUGAAGACCUUAUUGCAUGGGAAAAACAGAGUUGGACUCGCUGAAAUCACCAGAUUGCUCUCCCCAGAAUUCACCUAUUCUCGUAUCAAAAGCACCAACGCACCCGCUGCCGCACCCACUGCCAUCGCUGACCAGAAACAGCACGAUCUCAAUAAAUCCAAGAAAACCAAAGGGAAGACCUUGAAGAACAAGUAGCAAAAACUGCCUUCAAUUUACAUUUUCUGUUUCAAAUUUAAUCUUUGAGAACCCUUAAUUGUUCUAUUUCGAUUACCAUCUGUUUAUGCAUUAUUAGAGUUACUUUGCGUCA